GUCCCGCUCGCUCAAAGCCACACCAAGAAGUCAGCCAGCCAUGGAGCUCAUGGACCAAAUGGGCUCGUGCAGCAUCCGCGUCAUCGACCUGGACGACGGCUCCGUGCGUACCAUUUCAUGGGAUCCCAACGUACCGGACCAGGUCUUCGAGAGUCUCGUGGAGUCGCAGCUGCGCGCACAGUUCGGUGUGUCGGAUGAGGCCUGGGUGGACCUAAUCGACACGGCCAACUCGAGUCUCGUACACAUCACCAAGGACGUUAUGAGCAAUAUCAAGGACUCGCUAUGUCUGUGUCUGUCCCCCAAGACAGAGGCGCUCGCCCCCAUGAAGAAGAGCGAAGUGUUCGAGGUUGUGUUCCAAGACCGAUCUCUGGGCAUGACUAUCCGCGAACACAACGAGAGCGUCAUCGUCAACCAUUUUAAGCGCAAACCUGACGGGUCAGUGGGCGAGGCGGAAGCCAGUGGCCUCAUUCAAUCCAACGACGUCAUCUACAAGGUCAACGGCGCUCGAACUGUCGGUCGCAGCUACGACAACGUCGUGCAGAUGCUGCAGACGCAGACACGGCCACUCAGUAUCCAAUUUUUCCGUCCAUUCCGUCGCGAGGGACUUUUUGCAGUCGAGUUCCGUGGCGCCAGUCUCAAUAUGACCAUCACAACGGACGAUAUCAAUGUGAUUGUCAAAGAUCUACCCAUGGCACACCCCAAUAUUGUGGGCUAUGCAGAGGCCCAUGGAGUGCGCAUCUUUGACAUUAUCCACGCGGUAGACGGCGAAGUAAUCAACGGACUCGAGUACAACCGCGCAAUCAGCUUACUGAGUCGUAGUACACGCCCCAUGGUGGUAGUUUUCGCGCGUUCCAAGAUGAUGCCCCCUACUCCCGGUAGAUCCACAGCUGUCAUGACCAACCGUUUCUCGUUCGCGUCUACAGUAGCCCCAUCGCCUCGCCCUAGUAACGUGGACGGUUUCGGCUCGCGUCGUGGCUCUGGGUCCUCUAUGAUGAGCGGUAUGGAAGGCGAGAACAUGAUGGUGGAGGAGAUGCUCGAGUUCUGCGAAGGUCUGGGCAAUGACGGCGUGUUGAACCAGAAAGAAGUGGAAAUGCUGAAAGAUAUGGUGCUCUCUAUGCGGCAAGACGUGUGUAGUGCUGUGAAGCGGAAGAAUAACAACGCUAUCGUGGCGAUUGUGCGGUCUCCGUUCAUGCGACUGUGGGACAGUCUACUCAAGACUCGGGAGAGCAUUUUACUGGCUGGUCCCGUGUCGCUUAAGCGCAAGAAACGCUUCCACCUGCUGCUCACAGACCACGAACGUCUUCUCUUUGUCAAUAAGGACACUAACUUAUUAGAAGACGAGAUCAUGUGCUCGCAGAUCGUGACUGUGAGCUCGCGCUCCAAGUAUCAGGAGCUCACGAUCUCGACGAGCAAGACGGACUAUGUGCUGAUCGACAACUUCAUCGGACCCGUCAUUUGGGUGCGUGCUAUUCUGCCUUACACGUGCACGCAAGGAAUCCUCAAGGUGGCCAGUAGCAGACGCUUCCUCGUCUCCAAGAAGCGAUAUUUCGUGCUGCGUGGCAACCGCCUCACGGGCUACAAGAAGGAGAGUAUGGUGCACCAGGUCGGCGCUAAGAGCAGCACCAUCUCGCUUGAAGACGCUAAAAUUGAUAUCUCGGACCCGCGUAACCUCACGUUCAUCAUCACCACGCCCGAGUUCAGCCAAGCUGGCAAGAAACUCAUCCUAACGGCGACGUCGACACGAGAGUUCAAUAAAUGGAGUACGGCACUCCAAGCAUUGCAAACGUCGUCCCCUACCACCGCAGCUUGAGCUUCGCGAGACAAAAGUUGCUAGUCCUUCAAGAGACCAGCACAAACCACCCAGCCCCAGACAUCAAAUGAGGGCGACAAAAUUCUGUCUAUGGCAGCAAAUACGACAGGAAAUAGUACUAUCGCAGUGGCCACUGGAAUGGCUACAGACGAACGCAUUGUGCAGUGAAUGGAAACUUGAACAAACGAGCCUGAGAGCUUGUGCUGUGCUUACAACGUAUGGGGCAAAAACGCAAAUCAAAACAUGAAGAAAUACAUAAAGUUUUAUAGUAUUCUUUA